UAACAGAUGCGGGUGAAAGAUCCAUCAAAAGCUAACUCUGAGAAAACCAAGAGAAACAAAAGGCCUAAUAGGCCACAGGAUGAAGACUCUUCAGAUGAUAUUGCAGGCUUAACCUGCCAGCACGUGAGCCAAGCGGUGGAUGUGCAUCAUGUGAAGAGGGCGGUGGCUCAGAACGUGUGGUCGAUAUGUUCGGAGUGCCUGAAGGAGCGGCGCAUGAGUGACGGGGAGCCCGUGGCACCUUCGGACGUGUGGCUGUGCCUCAAGUGCGGCUCUCAGGGAUGUAGUAAGAACUCAGAAGGCCAGCAUUCUCUAAAGCAUUUCCAAACAGCACGCACAGAACCUCACUGCAUUGUUAUCAGUCUCAGCACAUGGAUCAUAUGGUGUUAUGAAUGUGAUGAAGAGCUGUCAACACAUUGCAACAAAAAGGUUUUGGCUCAGAUAGUUGACUUUCUUCAAAAACAUGGUUCCAAGGCUGAACCAAGUUCAUCAAAAAUUAUCCGACUCCGUGAAGAAAAUACCGAAACAAGUGAAAUACUGAGAGGAAAAGGUUCUGGUAACAGUGCAUCAGUUCCAAUUAAAGGAAUAAAUAAUUUAGGAAAUACGUGCUUCUUUAAUGCUGUUAUGCAGAACUUGGCACAGACUCACAUACUAAAUGAACUGAUGUAUGAGAUGAAGGAAAAGGGAACAAAGCUAAAAAUCUGUCAAACUUCAGACUCCCAAUUGGACCCUUUGAUGGUAAACCUAUCCAGCCCAGGACCCUUGACUUCAGCCAUGUUCCUGUUCCUUCACAGCAUGAAGGAGGCUGGAAAAGGUCCUCUUUCUCCCAAAGUGCUGUUCAGCCAGCUUUGUCAGAAGUAA